ACGCUGGUUUUGUCUCGGCCAGUGUGUGUGCUUCGACUUUCGGUUAUACCGAGGACGGUUUCCUGGGUCGACGAUAUAUAGGUGUUGGUGGUGAUUCCAACGUUUAAGGUUGAAUACCACCACCACUCGUUCUCGAACCUCACUCCAAACAAUCUCCACGUGGGUACUAGCUCUUCUCCAGUCCUAUCUACAUCACCAUCAUCCAUCUAACCACUUGCCUAGUAUCCGCCACAAUCUCACACAUCUUUUCGACCACCCUCUUGGUUAACUUGACCGGGUACACAUCACCAACCAGAAACCAAAGACCAAAGACCAAAAAACCAAAAACCCAAGACCAAAAAAAAUGUGCACCUACAAAACCCACAUCCGCGUCUGCCGCCGCUGCAGCAGCGAGGACACAGUCCUCAUCUCCGAACAGCUCUGCUCCGUGGCCAAGAACAGCGGCAGCGGCAUCUUUGGCUCUUGCCUCUCUGGCGUUUCCAGUCAACGAGAUCAGACGGGGUACAAGUGCUGGCAAUGCCAGGACGAAACAACAACCUCCUCGGCAUCCCGGUCUCGAAGCAGUAGUGGUAGUGGAAGUAACAGCCCGAAUAGCAGCACAGGAGGCGGAGGGGGAAGAAGAAGGGGGAGCAGUGUUAGUGUUGGUGUACCCAUUGGGCCACAGGGUGUGAACUCCAUGUAUGGAUACAACAACAACAACUACCACUAUGGAGUUAUGGGGGGUGGUGGUGGUGUUCAUAAUAGGGGGCAACAGCAGCAGCAGCAGAGACGGAUCUCGGUAUCAGGUCAGGCGACGACGGCAUCGAUGAUGAUGCAAGGACAAGGGAGGGAGUAUGUGCCAGUGCCGCCGGUACCUUUAUCGGUAUCAGAGCAACAGGAACAACAACAGGAUUUGGAGAGGAGGUUGAGGAGAAUGGGGAAGAUGAAGGCUGAUUUGAGGAGGUAUGAUGGGCGGUUCAUAUAGAUGAGAUUCUCUUACUGGCAUUGGCUAUGGCGUUCGUUGUAUCCGAGGCAUUCAAGGCACUUGAUCCCUGGAAGCAGAAUGCUGUGAGAGUGGGGUCUGGACCCUGAAAAUGUUGGACGCUAAAGGUAGAAUGGCUAGAGGUUAUAAGUGUGUUAAAGACAUGGCCGUGAGGAAAAGGGUAGUUUCGAAUAGAAGGAAGUAAACUUUUCAUCAACAAUGGUCAUCGGGAGGUGAAGUGAGAGCAGAAGAGGUCGCCGUCGAUACUACGG